AUGGAAACUAUGAUCCACAAUCCUCAUCCCGGUAACAUGAUCGGUCGCAAAGUGCGAGUCUUCUGGCCUGUAGACAACAGUUGGUAUGUUGGAACCGUCGAACAAUUCGAUGGUGCAACAGGAGAACACUUGUUGAGAUACGCCGACAAUGAUACUGAAUGGGUGAGAAUCAAUGAGGAUAAUUUAAUUCCUGAAGCUUCAGAUCGAAGUGUUCCCGCCAAUGAGGGUGAGAUGAUGCAUCAGGUGCCACCCGUAUCUCCUGCCAUUCAUCCAAUUGAUCAAUCAGGGCCAACACAAGUUCAAAGAACAAAUCCUUCCGAGCAACCACCUCAUGGUCAGCAUCAGCAGGCUACUGUAUCUCCUGAGCAAAAGUGGCAAGGGGAACCACCAAGACGGAUGGGCGGACCUCCUGGGGCGCCUUCACAAGGCGGACCUCCUCCAGGAGCACCUCCACAGCAAUCAAGUCAGAAGUAUAUGUCUCCCUAUUCUUCUGGUCCUGGGUACCCACCGUCACAUCCACUUAUGGCAUACCAUUCCGCCCAUCCAUCUUACCCACCAAGCUAUCACCAAGGACAACAUGUCCCUUCACAUGCGCCUCCCGCUGGUAUGUACGGUUAUGCACCUGCCAUGAUGGGUGGUGUACCACCAUCCAUGAUGUCCUCUCCAUCUUCCGGCGAACCUGGAAAGCACCCACAACAUUCCAUGGAUGGGAGCCUAAGCGGCAACAAACGAAAGACCGGUCCCAAGGCUUGGACGAAAGAAGAGGAUGCCUUGCUACUGAAUAUCGUUCAAAGUAUGCGAAUGCCAAUGAAAUGGUCUGUGGUUGCCCAAUCGUUGCCCGAUCGUACGGGGAAGCAAUGCCGUGAGCGAUACGUUAACCACCUGAACCCACGACUCAAGGUCACUGACUGGACACCGCUGGAAGAUGCAACCAUUUUCCACCUGUACAACACCAUCGGCAGUCAUUGGGCGAAAAUGUCAAAAAUGAUCCCAGGACGAACUGACAAUGGAAUUAAGAACCGCUUCCACAACUUGAGGCGGCAACUUGAACGAGAAGACGAACACCGUCUGAGACUGAGUACAGCAAGGGAUUUCCCGGAAGAAAUCCGAUUGGAUCGUAUUCGGGAUUUUCCAAAGGAGCUUCGGGGAAAAGCUGCCGACCUAUGGGAUAUGAAAUCGGGGCUCAGUGUUCUUGCAGCACAAAGUGUAUUGGGGGGUAACAUGUCACGCAACGCAGGACGCUUUGGCCCUUUCCGCGCAGGGGAGCCAGGUGAUAUUUGUGUGAGAUGCGGUUUUCUAGUUCCAAGCGCGCAGACGGGAAAUGAGAUAUGUUCCAAGACUGGAUGGUGCCAAAGUUGUGCGCGUAUCCCACCACACGUAAGCGGAAACAUGCUUCGCGAAUGCUUGAAUCUUCGUAGGUGCCAAGACGAGGAGAAGCGAAAGAUUGUAGAAGGAUGGGACGCUGAAGAGAAAGCCCCAGCUGUAGAGGCUUCGGGAUAA